AUGUCCUCCGCCGCACAAUGGACACGCCAGAACAAGGUGAAGAGCGCCGUGUGGGCAGUGGGCUUCGCAGCCGUCAUCAUGGUCGGCUCCCUCACCGGCGCCCAGCUCAAGCAGGACAAGCAAAAGGAAGAGGCCAUUAAACAAUUUCGCGAGACGACGGCUGCCGAACAGAUUGCGAUCCUCGAGGACCAGAAGCUCCUGUUGCUAGAGCAGAGGGCUGCCCUCCAGCGGAAACUCGAUGCGUUUGACGAGCGGGUGCGCGAGCGCGAGAUGGAGAAGCAGCGGAGGGCGAGGAGAUCAACGUGA